AGCCGUCGCCGCCGCUAGGCAUCCUCUCUCUCUCUCUCUCUCUUCAUAUAAUCCAAACGCCGAGAGCAACAGCUGAGCAGCAUCCAACAAGAAGCCGAAUAAUUCUGAUUGGAGCGCACGCGUUUGUUGCUUUUAUCAUUGUUCUACAGCAUUUACCGCAAUGGGCCUAUUAAGCGAGGGCAACCCACUCUCCUGGGAGGAGACCAAAAAACUGGCAAAUCAUGUACGGGAGCAUGGCAUCAAUCAGUUCAUAAAUCUGUAUCACAGACUCAAGGAUCGCCAGGGCGAUAUACUCAAAUGGGGCGAUGAGGUCGAAUAUAUAAUUGUCAAGUUCGAUGAUGACCAAAAGGUGGCACGUGUCGCACUCAAGGCCAAGGAUCUGCUGGCGAAGCUCAAUGAAAAGGAACUGGCCGAUCCGAAGGGCGUGAAAUCCUUGUGGCGUCCCGAAUACGGCGCCUACAUGAUCGAGGGCACGCCGGGCAAGCCAUUUGGCGGCCUUAUGGCCCACUUCAAUCUGGUCGAGGCGAAUAUGCGCUAUCGUCGCGAAGAGGUCACCGAGCUGCUGGCCAGCGAUGAGUGUGUGAUGUCCAUUACAAAUUUUCCACGUCUUGGUGCGCCAAAUUUUACGUAUCCAUUGUAUCAGCCCCGGCCCGAGGAUCCGCUUAGCGCUGCGCGUUCCCUCUACUUUCCGGACGAGGCCAUCUUUCCGGGCCAUCCACGCUUCAAGACGCUUACGCGCAACAUACGCAUGCGACGCGGCGAGAAGGUCUCCAUCAAGCUGAAGGUCUUCAAGGAUGUGAACACAAAGCUGCCCGUCGAGGGUGCACCGCCCGGUGAGCCGGAUGUUGUGCUGCUGGAUGCCAUGGGCUUUGGCAUGGGCUGUUGCUGCCUCCAGUUGACCUUUCAGGCGUGCAACAUAACGGAGGCACGUCGUCUUUACGAUCAACUGGCGCCGCUCUGCCCGAUCAUGUUGGCAUUGACCGCCGCCUCGCCGGUUUAUCGUGGCUAUCUUACCGAAUCGGAUUGCCGCUGGAAUGUGAUCAGCUCAUCGGUGGAUUGCCGCACAUUGGAGGAGCGCGGCCUUGAGCCGCUAACAAAUAGCAAAUUUCAUAUUGCCAAGUCGCGUUACGAUUCCAUCGAUUCGUAUCUGUCACCGGAGGGCGCCAAAUACAAUGAUGUGAAGCUCACGUACGAUGAGGAGGUUUACAAGCGUUUAAUCGAGGGCGGGAUCGAUCAUCUGUUGGCCCAGCAUGUGGCCCAUCUGUUCAUCAGGGACACCGUCUCCCUGUUCAGCGAGAAGGUCCAUCAGAAUGACAAAGAGGAUACCGAUCAUUUUGAGAACAUUCAAUCGACAAAUUGGCAAACGAUGCGCUUCAAGCCGCCGCCACCGAAUAGCUCGAUUGGCUGGCGUGUCGAGUUUCGUCCGUGCGAGGCGCAAAUCUCGGACUUCGAGAAUGCGGCCAUUGUCUGUUUUGUGGUGCUGCUCACGCGUGUCAUCUUAUCGUAUCAGCUCAAUUUCCUAACGCCCAUCAGCAAGGUCGACGAGAAUAUGCAGACGGCCCAGAAGCGUGACGCGUGCCGCAAGGAGAAAUUCUGGUUCCGCAAAUCGUCCAAGUCGACGGAACAGCGCGCCGCCUGUGUCCAGCUCAAUGGCACCUCGAGCGCCACAAAUGGCAGCAGCAGCAGCGAUGAGGCCGGUAAUGCUGAGCCACCCCUCUACAAUGGCGCCGCCAAGCUGAACGGACAUGGCAUUGGACUCAAUGGCAAUGGUAAUGUCAACGCCAAUGGCACACACACUCAAAACGGUGCCGACAGCGAUCACACCGAUACGGAUGAUGAGGAGAACGAGCUGUUCCAGCUGCUGACCAUCAAUGAGAUCUUCAAUGGCAAGCCUGGUGUAUUUCCUGGCCUGGUGCCGCUAAUACGCAGCUAUCUGCAGUCCAUGGAGGUGGACACGGACACGCACUGCACCAUUGAACAGUAUCUGCGCUUCAUACAGAAGCGCGCCGCCGGCGAGCUGAUCACAACGGCCACCUGGAUACGCGAGCAGGUGCUCAGCCAUCCGGACUACAAAAAAGAUUCGGUGGUUAGCGAGCGGAUUAACUAUGAUCUGCUCAAGUGCAUACAGCGCAUACAGGAGGGCAAGCAUGUGGAGCCGGCGCUGCUUGGCCAGGGCAAUCAUUCCAAGACGAAAGAUUUCAUUCCGCCCGCACUCCAGAAGCAGCUGGCCAAGACUGGCUGCUGUGAGGACAAAUGAUUGCGCUGAUAUAGCUCAAGCACACACACUCGCGCACACACACACACAACAACAACAACAACAACUAUAAAACAAAAGCAA